AUGGGACGAUCACUUGUCCUUGAACUACCCAUCAAUGUACCAAAUAACAUGCCCCAUAUUGGAACUGUCAAAACAUGGUUACAUAUACUACAAGCGAUUUGUACAAUUUUGAGUGUAUCAGUUGUUGCACCGAUCAUUGCAAUCGAAAAGAAGUAUUAUGGAUCAAGUCAGACCGGACCCAAUUAUACCUUGUUUGCUAUCAUCAUAAGUACAGUUACUCCUAUAUUUCUUAUAUACUUUCCUUGGAUGUAUGACCGCAAAGCAAAGUUCAAGAAGCUUGGCAAGUUCUGCUUGAAGCCCCGCACAAGCAUAGUCUUCUCGUCUUUCUAUUCAACUAUCUGGAUGUUCGCAGGUAUUGGCAUGUCUGUACACGCCACAAAUGCUAACAACUGCAGUAUCGAUACUGAUCUCGAGGAAACCUACGGUGAUACCUACAACCGCGAUUGGACUAGUCAGUGCAACUGUGCCAAAGCAGCAGCAGCAUUCGCAUGGACUAUAUGCCUCUUGUGGUUUUCUAGUUUAAUAUGCAGUGGGAUUAUCCUCUGGAACGAAAAACAGUGGGUGCGAAAGAACUUUCAAGAGCACAAAAGCAACAAGCAGAACGCACUUCAGACACACGAAUCAAAACACGAAGAAACCCUUAGUGUUGACGAUUAUGGAAGCAAACUAGAAAAUGGCUCACCACCAUUUCAGCAUGCACAGCUUACUGGAAGUAAUCAAGUAUCACCAUAUGCCACACCUGUAAAUCAAACUCCCAAUACAUACCAAAACUACCAUCAUCAGCAGGUAGAUCCUGCAAUCACGCCUUAUACUUCGCCUGUUUACCAACAACAACAGCAGCAGCAGCAGCAGUCUGUUCGAUUUAAUUCCCCAAUGCCAUUGCUUGGCAAUUCUGCUGAAGCACCCAUGACACACGCCUACUAUCAAUCUCCUGAAUACGUCAACCCUCAGCCACAUUCUAGCACGCCUAUGACAAUGCCUCAACCUACACAAUAUAAUCAACAGUCAUUUUAA